GAUGAAACCAACUAUAUGAACGAACAAAGAGAGGAAAACUCAAUGGAUUCCGAUCCAGAGGAAGAAGAAAUAUUCCUCACAAUGGCUAAAGUUCAGAGUAAUAAAAAGAAGGAAGAAACAUCGAAGAAGUCUGAUGAUUUGCAAUUAGUUAAGUAUGAAGAAAAGGAAAAUGUUGAAACCACUACACUAGCCAUUAAAGAUGGUUCGAUGCCAGGCAUAGUUAAUAAUAAAAACAAUAACCAAUUGGUAGUACAUGAACCUAAGACUAAAUAAAUCAAAGAAGCUCGAUAAUUCCCUAGAAAUUGAGAUAAAAUAGGAGGAAUAAAGAGUUUAAAGAGAGAAUGCUCAAAAGAAAAUUAGAUUUAAUCAAUUAUCUCCCUGAAAAUCCUGCUAAAUAUUAUAAGGGGCUUCCUUUCAUGCCUGGGUUAGACUUUUACAGAGCACUUGGUGAUACAAAGUUCAACCUCGAUAAUCUAGGAACUUGUAUUCCAGAUACAAUGAUAUCGAUGGGCAAAUUAACUUGGCUGCAGUGGGCUCCGGGACCUAAAGAAAAUACAGGAACCAAUAAAAGAAGAGACAAUGACUUUGUACUCUUAAAUUAUUCAGAACAUCUGAAAAACGUUGAAAUGUCAUUGUAUGGAAGAAACCCAUCUGAGGAGGACAAACCAGUGGUGGUAGAAAAGAAACUUAACGAUUCUUACUUCAGUGUGAUUGAGCGCACUCUUAACUGGAAUACCUUGAUAAAUAUUCUAAACACAGCUGUGAGUGUGAAUUCAAUUAUCCAGAGAUUCAACUACUCUCGUUCUAAAAGCUCAAUUUUGAGAAUUUGAGUGAACUCAGGUUCUGAUGAGAAUGUCAACAAGAAUCAAGGUGUGAUGAUUGCCAACAAAUAAAGGGUUAGUAAUCAAAGAAUACGACCACAGAACUUAUGAAAUCUUUGAUCUUAAGGGCAAAGUUAUUAGAGAGUAUGAGAACAGAGCUAUAAGAAUAAUGACAACACUUGAGAAAGCAUUUAACAUUAAAAUGAAACAGAUAGUUUGUGAUUUUCAAAAAGAUUUCAAAAACAGAGUCUGGUUUAUAGGCAUUCAUAGCUAUCUUAUCGAAACUAACAUGAAGCUUUAUAAACCAAUGAUUAAAGAGAAAGGUGAAGAAGUAAAUACGAAAGGAAAUACCAAAAUAUUCGGUUUGAAACGAUGCAGGAUGUGAAAAAUAAAAUAUUCCCAAGACCAAAUCAACAAACUGAUAACAACUAAGAUGAUGUAUGAACUCAAGACUCAUUUGUACAAAAGAGGAAUUUUCAAGUUUGGUCACCUUGAAGUUUAUAAAGACUCCAUAGAAACUUGUAAAGUCUGUAACUUCUGAUAUAUGCUAGUUGUUGCUGAGCACGAACUAAUUGAGAUUGAGAAGCUCUAUGCUAUAGCUCAGGGAAUUCCAAUGGAUGAUAGGUCUAAAAUUAUAUCCAAAAUCUCUCUUAAAAAUGAGAACAAGAUAUCUUCAGACAAUUUUAAAAAUAAACUCCAACAAUGGAGGAUAAUGUUUUACUGCAAACAAUUCUUUGACAUUGAUGUUGAAGAGCUCAAGAAAGUGUGCAAAGGAACAAAGAAUUUAUCGAAUCUUUAUCUACAGAUCAGAAUUUUUGAUUUCAUAACCCCAAUGAAGCUUAACGACUUUAAUAAUGAUGAGAAAGGAGGAGUUUUUGAAAUAAACAGAAUGAGAGUACACUACUUUUUCACUGAUACAAAGGACGUAAUGAAGAGCUUCUUUAACAAUACAGAGAUUGAGCUGAGAAUUACUGUUGGAAUCAACUGGAAUAAACCCAUUGCAAUUGCUUCUUCCUUUGCUCUCCAGUAUUUCAAACUUAAAAAUCCUGAAGAAGUAAAAGAAGAAGAUAGUCAGCUCUUGGUACAAAGACAGGGGCUUCUACUCCAUUUCUUUGGACCUAAAGUGUCCUCUGAAGAUCGUCGAUCUAAAGGUUUCAGUUCUAAUUUCCAAAUGCAGAUGACAGUUGGGAUAAAGGAAGAUCUCAAGAUCAAAACUGAGAAUAUAAUGUUAUACAGAUUUAAUGAUGUAUUCUUUCCUGAUAAUUCAUACUAUAAUUCUGACCCACUUCCAGUAGAAUGGAUAGAAGUAUUUCAAGAGAAUAACUACAUGGACAACAAAAACAAAGAGACUUGUAAAAAGAAAUAAGAGAGGAACCCUUUUAGACAAACCUUCUGAUUCCAAAGGAAAGAACCUUGAUACUUCAGAUGAGUUAAGUCUUAAUGGAUCAAAGCAUAAUUCUAUCAAAAAGACUCUUAAAAUAUAUUCUGCAAUCUCAAAUGUCAACAAAGAUUUACUCAAAGAUGAUAUUAGUGGAAUUGAAGAAGAGAAACUUUCUUCAACACAAGAUAAUUUCAUGCUGGCUAUUGAGCCAGAAAAACCUACUAAGAAACUUAAAGAACCCUCAAAGAUUGAACCAAUAGAGGAAGAGCAGGAGUCCCAAAUUUCUGAUGAUCAGAAGUUGGCCAAAGUUCUAGCCACAGUUGAGGAAGAUGAAAAAUAACUUGAAUGAGAAAUUACGUGUACUGAACAAAAGAGAGAAAAUGAUAACACAACUUCAAAGCAGUGUUUCCAAGAACUCUUACAGAAAAUGAGAAAAACAAGCUGCUCAGUUUAAAGAAGAAAAUACAAAAGAACUAGAAGGAUUUGCAUACAACAAGAAUAAAAGCAUAAAAACAAGGAUCCAAAUGUACAAAAGUUAUAAGAAUCUAAAGAAUGGCAAAAUCAGGCUUGGAAGAGAAAAAUCCUCAAAUGCAUCAGAAUCAGUCUCCCAAAAUAUGUCCCAUAGAUCUAGGUCUAAGAAACUUAGUGAUAAUUCUAUUAUGAAAUCAGCUAGAUCAGUCAAAAGUUAUCAGAAAAACCGCCAUGAGUCUUCCAAAUUCAAUGAAAUGAAAGAGAGAGGACUAGUCUCGGAGGAAUAUGAUUCAGAAUUUAACAAUUCUGUGAGCUCUGUUAGAAUGGAAGAACAGAAUAAGAAAAUGGUAGAUAAAAUUAUUAAAAACGAAAUGAAGAAGAAAAAGAAAGGCAAACCUCCAAUCUCUAAAAAUCGGAUAGCAAGGAACAGAAUUCCAAAAUCCAACAAAACUGAAAUCCUUCCAAAAGGACGUAUGAGCAGCGAACCUCGUCUCAGACUCCAAAAUGGUGCUCGUCUAUAUCCUCAAAAUAAUUUGGUUAUCCUUGGAGAUCACUAUACAAUGGAUAAGAGAAAGAAUCGGAAGAAAAAGAAGAAUCCUGCAAAGGAAUACCUAAAAAUGAAAGGACAUGAAAGCCUCCCUGUAGACCUAAGGAAGGCGCUUAAUAAUAAAGAAAAACUGAAUCAAGUGCAUCUAGUAGAUAUCUAUGGAGUAAGCGGAGAGAAGGACAUUCAGGUUCAAAAAAGGCACCUGAAUCAACUCAGGUCUCGGUCAGAAUCAGUUGUCAAAAAGAGACAAAUAAUUUUAUAAACAUUGAAAAGCAUUAAUUCUGGAAUA